GAAAAAUAUGGCAAAGACAGAACUAUGUUCUUUGUUUUUAGUUCUUAUUGUAGCAGAGCUUUGUUCAGGGCCUGCAAUAGCUGGUUUAGCAGUGAAGUUUCUUCCAGGAUUUAAAGGAUCCCUUCCUUUUCAACUUGAAACUGGGUAUGUAGGAGUUGGUGAUUCAGAAGAUGUGCAAUUAUUCUAUUAUUUUAUAGAGUCGGAGUCUGAUCCAGACUCCGACCCUCUUAUGGUUUGGAUCACUGGAGGACCUGGUUGCUCUGCUCUAUCUGGCCUUGUCUAUGAGAUUGGACCAAUAACAUUUGAGGCAGUGGAAUACAAUGGGAGUUUGCCUACAAUGAUACUGAAUCCUUACUCAUGGACAAAGGUGGCAAGUAUUAUUUUCAUAGAUUUACCGGUGGGCACUGGAUUUUCCUACGCGACAACUCCAACAGCUCUACAAUCAUCCGAUUUACAAGCGACUGAUCAUGCAUAUCAGUUCCUUUGCAAGUGGUUCGUUGAUCAUCCAGAAUUCUUAAAGAAUCCGUUUUAUGUUGGUGGAGAUUCAUAUUCAGGCAGGAUUGUUCCCUUCCUUACACAAAUCAUAGCAAUUAAGAAUGAAAUGGAAGUCGAACCAUUUAUUAAUCUUAAGGGAUAUUUACUCGGUAAUCCAUCGACUUUUGAAGGCGAAGCAAAUUAUAAGAUUCCAUUUACUCAUGGAAUGGCACUUAUUUCUGAUGAACUCUAUGAGUCUUUGAAGACCCAUUGUAAAGGAGAAUACCUUAAUAUAAAUCCAAAUAAUACACUGUGUUUGCAAGAUGUUCAAACUUUUAAAGAGCUUCUUAAAGGAAUUAAUGUUCCCUAUAUUUUGGAGCCCAAAUGUGUGUUUGCUUCACCAAGGCCACACUUACUGUUUGGCCAAAGAAGAUCUCUGGAUGAAAAGUGUCAUCAACUUAAAUGUCGCACUGAUUGGUACAAACUUUCUUAUCAUUGGGCUGAUGAUGAUCAAGUUAGAGACGCCCUCAACAUCCGAAAGGGGACUAUUGGAAAAUGGGAGAGAUGUGCAAGAAAUUUGCAAUACGAAGAGAUGAUCUUUAAUAGCAUACCAUAUCAUGAAAACCUCAGUAACAAAGGUUACAGAUCUCUUAUAUACAGUGGAGAUCAUGACAUGAAUGUUACCUUCCUAUCAACUCAAUCAUGGAUAAGAUCUCUUAACUACUCAAUUGUCGAUGAUUGGCGAGCUUGGACUGUUGACAAUCAAGUUGCCGGUUACACGAGAAGUUAUUCAAAUCAGAUGACAUUUGCCACAGUGAAGGGAGCAGGGCAUACUGCACCAGAGUAUAAGCCUCGUGAAUGUCUGGCCAUGCUCACAAGGUGGAUGUCUUACCAGCCUUUGUAAUCAACAAAUGUAUUACAAUUGUUUAAUCGUGU